UAUCGCCCCUCCGCUCGGCUCUGCCACCUGGACCGGCUCCAAAGCACCCGUCCUUACUGCAAUUCCUGGGGCCCCGAAGGGAUGGUGUCUGCCUGCAGGGUGGGAUGUGCUCCGCCACUCAAGCCCUGGGGGAACAAGUCUGCUUAUGAGCGAAGCAGAAAGUGAAACUGARCGGUGCAGAGCCCACGCCUCCAGGAGCGCAGGAAGAUGGAGGAGAAUCCAAGGGUGGACCUCUGGGGAGCAAAGGCAGCCCAGAGUGAGGUGGAGAGCAAAGCAGAGCAUCCUGCCCAUGAAGAGACCCCUCCAGAAACACUUGGUCACCAAGUGACAAGCAGCUGUCCGGGCCCCUCCUGCAAACCAGAGAAGGAUGCUUCAGUGGGCGAAUCAUCAACUACUGAUGAGGAUGAGGUGACAGACUCAGGGCUGGCUGGCCCUACCAGAGAGAAGGUCCUGCAAGAAACCAAAGAGACAUUGGAAGAAUCUGAGAAGACAGGAGAUGGUGCCUCAGAAAUACCCCAGGCAGAAGAUGACAUGGAUGGAGGCAGGCUAGUCCAAGAUAAAACAGAGAGCAAAGGAGAGAGCCCUGUCCAACAGGAAACAGAUGGGCAACAGGAGACAGACAGGCAACACAAGAGCUCCCACAGGCCAAAGGAAGAUGAUUUUUCCAUAGACAAGUCAAUACACUCCAACAGUGAAAGAAGAUAUUCAGGUCUGACUGCCACAGAAGGUGUCACCAGUGGCCUCUUGGCAGAGGARAGCACCAGUGCCCCUCUCCUAGAUGAGGGACCAGAGCAUAGAGAGCAAGAAACUCCAGAGAGCAAAUCCCAUGGCAYGCUAAGGAACAGACGUGGGACGGAAGGACACACAACACAAAAGUCAGAGGCUCAGUCCUGCCUGCAGAAUGUCACCCCMCAAAACACCAAGCAGGAGAUGGCUAAAAUGUCCUUCUUGCUGAAAGGUGAGGAACAGAAGCUUCCCUUGCGGGUUACUCAUCGACCAGAAGGCASUGAUCCUCCACGAACAAGGCUUGUCCUCGUGCUCUCCGUACUGUUCAUCAUUGUCAUCUUCCGCUUCGGCAUCCUGGCCUCCAAGUCCCAGCAAGUCCCCACAAAUCCCAUAGUGGAGGCCUUCCUCUCCCAGUUCAAUGAGCUGCAGAACARGUUCCCAGGGCAGAACCCCCACCUGUGGCUUCGGGGGCGCAAGUUCCUGCAGAAGCACCUCAAUGCGUCUCACCACACCGAACCAGCCAUCAUCAUGUUCACRGCCGCACGCGAGGGCAAGAGGACCUUGCAGUGCCUUUCAGCCCAUGUGGCUGACACCUACGCAGCCGCCUUGCAUGCCAGCACAGUCCACAUCCAUGGCACGGAUAAAUUCGGGCUCCAGAGCGACCAUGCCAAGCUGGAGGUGGACAAAGAGCUGAGCUCAGCUUUCCAGGCGGGGGGCCGUGCUGCAGUGAUACACCGCUUCGAGUUGCUGCCCCCAGGGGCCACCCUCAUCUUCUACAAGUACUGUGACCAUGAAAGCGCAGCGUUCAAGGAUGUGGCCCUGCUGCUGACUGUGUUGCUGGAGGAGGAGACGCUGGAGACCCACAUCAGCCUCCCUCAGGUGGAGGAGAGAGUCAGGGACUUCCUCUGGGCCAAGUUCACUGAYGAUGGUGCCCCUAGCUCCCACAACCACAUGGACACUGACAAGCUGAGCGGGCUGUGGAGUCGCAUCUCCCACCUGGUCCUCCCGAUCCAUCCGGUCCAGACCAUCGAGAAGGGAGGCUGCCGCCCAUACACCAAACCCUAGGCGAGGGCUGCUCUGGGGAAGGGCUGGGUGUCCCCUCCCGGCUGCCCAGGCCAGACAGAGACACAAACAAGUGCAACGCUCACUUUAUAACACCCCAGUGCUAUUUCUUUUCUACUUGUUUUUUCUCACCUUGCUGGGAAGAGUUUGACAUGUAGAAGGGAAUCCAGCUCUUCCAGCCUUGCAGGUAACAAAUUGCAUGCUGCCUUCCAAAGGGCAGGGAGAACUGACAUUUCCAGCUGCUAAUUGCACAUGAGGACACUAUUGCCACUGUGCAGGGGGCAAGAGGGGGAAGUACUUGGCAGGUAGCGUUUCUGUCUGCAAACACUGUCCUUGGAGCAGAGUGCAGAACAUUAGCAUUACACCAGAAAGAUAUUUCAGCUCAGUAGCUCUUUUGUACCUCCUCUGUUUGCUAACACCCAAGCACACCAGUGUCACAAUUGCCAUCACCUACACUAUUUCUCUACCUUUGAUUGAGAAUAUCCAGUGGGAGGUCGAAUCCCUUAACGUCCACACUUUGAAGUCAGGCUUCCAAAAGGAAAAUCAGGAUUGAUGAACAGUCGUAGCUUGUGAUAGUUCUGGGUAUGGCCAGUUUUUCCUGAUAAAAUUCCACUUGUACAGACUGACCUGCACCACAGGAAGACCUGAUCCUAAACAUAGCAAGUUCAAACAAACCUGCAAUUCAAAAAUCCUCACACAUCAAUUAAAAAUUAUCUCAGAUUGUCCGCACCUAAAUAGUUGACUAGACAGGGGAAUCAUGUGGUAUGACUCUUGUGUCAGAGAAUACAAGGCUACAAAAAAUCUCUUGAGGUUGAUGCAUUUGCUUUGGUGCUAUGCGACAGGAACCUCUCUCCGUGCACAGGGCAGAAACCAUGAGAGUCAUUACUGCUCUUUUCUGCUGCACACAGAGAGGCUGGGUGUGUCCUCAGGACCAGGGCAGGAGCGUGUGGAUGAGACACUGUCUGAUGCCCACCUGGACUUUGCCAGGKUGCAUCAGUGCACACUACACUGAGCCCAGGGACCAUAAGUUUUUGCAGCCUGGCUGCCUCCCAACUUUCUUUCCCUGUUUUGGCCUGCGCCUCCCCAGCUAAAUUUACUGAUGAAUGUAGACAUUAAUAUAGGUAUUUAUGUCAAACGACAGAGCAACCAGGUCACUGCUCACUAUGGACACCUUUGCCUUCUUGCCAGGCAGCUGGUGCCCUGAUCUGGUCUAAGGAUGGCUAGGACAGAGCUGAUGGUAGCUGGUAAAGAUGAAAUCUCUGUCAUUAACACUAGAAGCCCUCAACUAAGCAGGUUGAUUUCUUAUUGGGCUUCCUGAGCUCCAUGAAGAGAAAUACAAGUCCUAUAAUCCCUGUGUUGCUCCUGCAUGCUAAAUGUCUGCACAAGUUUUAAGCUGGAGCCACUAACUCAAGGAAAAUCUGGGGUAAGUGCAGGUUAAAGCAUUUAAUAACACAAGAAUCAGCUCCAGAUGUCAGCCCCUGGUGCCUACAAUCACGCUAGAAAAGUGAGCAGCUGUAGGAAAGGACGCCUGCUAGAAAAGGAGCAGGGUUUAUUUCCAUCUAAACAGCAUAGGCUAAGGCCUUGCGAAGGCCUAGAGUUGAGUAAGACACAAAUCAAGAACACUCAAGUAAAGCUGCAUUUUAGUGCUCCUUACAGCAACCAGGCCUUUAUGUUGACUGGGUCUCCUACCAAUGGUGCCUUGUUGAUCUGUCCUCACUGAGGGCUCAGCUGAGGCACAGUCACUCAUCCCAAUGCCUAGAAUCACAGCCUGUCUCCUUCCUUCCACRUGCCUUGUCCUCUCUUGGGGGAUCUGGGGCAAUGAACUUGGAGAAGGGGUUUAAACAAAGGAAGAGCAGGUUGCUAUUUCAAAUUCCAACCAAAGAUUUGUUUCUUUACAUUGUCAAUCACAUGCCAACAAAACUCAGGACAAUUGCCCCUUUUUUUUUUCUACAGAUGGUAAAAUUUUACUCACUAGCCUGAUCUAACUGAACAGCUGGGGCUAUUGCUCAGUUUAUCUCCCACUGCAGACUGAGCUAAGUUCCUGCUGCAAAGCUAAGCACUAGUGUGAAGUGGUUCAUACAGGUUAUAACGAUAACAAACACUGGGCUAGACAAGAAAACUGCCUGCUGGAGUCCAGCAUCACAAGGGGCCAACUCAAAACAUGCUUUUGUGCAAGAUAAGAGCAAGAACCAAUUUGGUUGCUUCAUCCCCUUCCUCCCUAUCAUUGCUCUACACUAUUUUCUUUUCCUCUCUCUACAUUUCAUAGCAAUGAUGUAGAACUGGCAGAGCAUUAAUCACGUUAUGUUAACAUCUUUAAGGAAAUGACUAUUUAAAAAGCUAUCUCGCUAACAGUUUUCUGAGUUUGUAAUGCAUAGCCAAGUUAUG